CUUGUAGUACUCAACUACCGGCUUCUGCAAGUGUAGUGUUUGUUUGAAAACACCAGCAGCAGGAUGCCGCUCCUUUCUUUGCCUUUGCUGGUGGUGGCUGGCGUCCUUGGUGGUGCCUACAGCCUUUCUCAGAAGUCGGAUAAAAUCACACACCUUCCUGGCGCACCAAGAUUUCUGAAAUUCGACCAGUACAGUGGGUACGCGAGCGUCGGAGAGACGGAUCGUCGAGCACUGUUUUAUUGGUUUGUGGAGACGCAGAGCAAGCAAGGUGACGAGCCUCUGAUGCUGUGGUUGAACGGUGGUCCAGGAUGUUCCUCCCUUGCAGGCUUGCUCACGGAGAAUGGUCCGUUUGUCGCACAAGAAGACGCCACGCUUCGCCUGAACGAAUUCUCCUGGAACAAGCUGGCCAACGUGAUCUACCUUGAAUCUCCCAGUGGUGUUGGAUUCUCCUACUCCAAUGUCACCAAGGACUACAUCGGUGUCACUGAUGGCAGAGCUGCCCACGACAUUGUUGACUUUCUCGUGCAGUUUUUCGAGGCUUAUCCCCAGUUCUCCGGCCGCAAAUUCUUCAUAUCAGGCGAGUCGUAUGGUGGUCACUAUGUGCCCACAACAGCGAAGGCCAUUCUAGAGUACAACGCCAAGACUGCCUCGCCGAGGCGUCACAUCAACCUUCAGGGCAUUGUGGUUGGCAAUGCAUGGACCCUGCCAGAAGCUGAUAACCUUGGCAUGGUUCAAACCUGGCUGGGAUAUAACCUGAUUACAGCGCGCACUGGCCAUGACCUGAUCCAACACUGCAACCUUUCCAACAUGAUACUGGUGGAGAGCAGUGGUGUCAACAGGCAUAUAACAAAGAGAAGUGCGGCAUCGAGUGUAUCACUGUAUGAUAGAACCAGGUGCGAGGAAGCGCAAGGCCAGGCAUAUCAAGAAAUUGGCAACAUCCAGGCGUAUAGUAUUUAUCAGCCGGUGUGCACGAGCAAGGCGGUGACAGGACGCGAGGCCUUCCUUAGGAAACUGGGACGGUCCAGCGCUCCGCUGAACGUCUUUGCCAGGAAAGUGGUGAGAGGUGCGCGCCAUGCACAGAUGUUGAAGCAUAGACAGCAAGCCGAUGCGACGGUUCAUGCCGAGCGUGCUACACACACUCAGACAGCCUCUCCACUCUCGUCCAUAUUUGGUUGGUUAGCAGAAGCAGCUUCGGCCAUCAGCUCGCAUGUGCUUGCUCCCAAGACACUGAAAGAGCCAACUGCAUCAGCUGAUCCCCGCCCUGACCCAUGUGUCGAGCAGUGGGCAAUCAAGUACUUGAAUCGGCCAGAGGUUCAGAAAGCACUGCACGCCAAGCCCACCACUUGGUCUGAAUGCAACAUGGAAAUCAACGGGGCUUGGUCUCACGUGGACUUCUUACGCUCCAUGGUCCCGGUGCAUGUUGGCCUUAUGCAGCGCGGUGUUAAAGUGUUCAUCUAUUCCGGCGACACGGACUCCGUCGUCCCGACGCACGGCACCCGUAACUGGAUAGGCAAGAUGGUGGCGAACGGUCAGUUGAUAGAGACAGAAGCCUGGGCGCCGUGGCAAGAUGGUGUCACCACCCAAGUGGGCGGCUACCGCAACGUCUACAACUAUGGGAACUUCACCUUUGCCACGGUGCACGGUGCUGGGCAUAUGGUGCCUGCUAUUCAGCCACGCCGUGCACUGGAUAUGCUGCGCUCUGCCUUCCGGACAUUUGGUGUUCAUGUAUAGCAUCAUACACUGUAUAGUGUAGGUAGGUAGCUAGUGACAGUAACAGAGUGUCUAGACUUUCUGUGCGGUGCUCUAAAACAUUUUUUGAAAGAAAUGGUAAUUAUUAGAACCUUUGAACGUUUCACCAUUAUGCUAAUUGUAGUUCUCUUCUUUUCAAUCUAUUUUCUCCAUCGGACCAGUCUUCUCUGAAACGCAGCUCACCCAUUGUGCAAUAAAGUGUCUUUGUACUUCU